AUGGUUCCCGAAAGUGAGAUGGGUGAAGCAAGAAUUGGCGAGGUUAGAGCCAGUGAAGAUGAUGAAGAAACUAGUGGAAUUUUAUAUGCUGGUGAAAUCGAUGAAGUUGACGAUAUUGUUGGCAAGUAUAAAAAAAAGUUGACCUUGCAAGAAAGACUUGAAUUGGCCGCUAAAAAGGGAGGUAAGGGCGCCGAUAAAAAGCAUAGAAAGAAGGACAGAUCUAUGAGUCCACAGAGUGAUGGAUCCUUAAUGAAAACGAAGGAAGAGGAUGGCGAAGGGAUGAGUGGACGAGAACUAUCCAAGUCUGUUUUUCAGAAGAAAUUGGAUGAGAAGCAAAAAGUUAUUGAUGAAUUGAUGGAAGAAGGGACAAAGCUUUCUGUUAAAGAAGUCAGUUUAACACAAACGCUGAAAAAGAUGAGGCAGAGGGCCAACGAUAAUGAAUCAGAACUGGAAGAAUUACGGAAAAAGAAUGGUAAUAUGGAACAAAUAAUCAAAGAAAUGAACAGAGAGCAAGUACAGGCGAAAGAAGAUCGAGAUAUGAGGAUGAAGUUGCAAAAAAGAGUGCUUGAGUUGGAAGAAGCAGUGAGGAAGUUGGCUGAGGAGAGAGCAGCAGCUGGUGAUAUCAGAGAAGAGUUGAGCCAAGUGAAAAGGGACAACUUAGAGCUGGAGAGAAAGCUCAAACGGCUUCAAGUUGAUUAUGAUGAGAAGGCAGGCAAAGUGAAGCAGUUGACAAGCCAAUUACAUAGAGAAACUGAUGAACAUAAAAGUCUAGUAAAGGAUAGCAAAGAGGAGAUAAAGAGGCUGGAAGAGAAAAUGGAAACUUUACGGAUUCAAAGUGAAGCAAGCAGAUUGAAGGAGAGUAAAGUUGUUGAUAAUUCAUCUUUGGAUCUUCUUCAGGCUCAGUAUACACUAGCACAGGAGAAUUGGAAGAUGAUUGAAAGCGGAUAUCAGAAGAAGAUUGCCGAUAUGGAGCAUACGGUAGAGAUUUUCAAACAGAGAGAUCUGGAGUACUCCAAAAAGGUAAAGACAUUGAGUACGGAUGUGAAGACGAGAACGAAUGAUAUUAGUGAGCUUAUGGAUACAGAAAAUUCAUUGAGAGAUCGAUUAAUUGAGUGUGAGAAAGAGUUGGCAUUGGCGAAGGCUUCUAAUGAUGCGUUGAGUCAAAGUUAUGAGUUUGAAAAGGCCGACUUUGAGCAGAAGAUGCAGAAAUUGGUCGAUGAGAAGACUCAGUUAGGAGAGACUCUUAAAUUGAGGACUGAUGUGUUGAAUGAUAGUUCGCAGAAUACUAAUUUCCCCCCUUCAUUUUACUUGAAUGAUUUGUCUUCUCCACCUAUCUUUAAGCAGAAGAGACGGUCGAUUAGUUCGACAAAUAUAUCAUUUGGUGAGAGCGCUGCCACUCCAACAGCAACAAAGUCUAGUUCGCAGAACCAGUUGCACCUUAACACAUCAUCGUUUAGUCCAAUUCAGUCUAGUAGAGGAUCCACUGAGGAUGAUGGGGAGGUUUCUGAGCCUACAGAGUCUUCUCCGUAUGCUGGAGCCGCCACAAAUAUUCGGCUGGUAUCCAGAAUGUCUUCGCGUGUCAGAAGAUUAGAGCUUGAGAUAUUUUCAUUGAAAGAGGAGAACUCUGAUCUUACAAAGAUGAAACAGGAGGCCUCUAAAGAGAUUUUGAAGCUUUUAAAAGAUGCAGAGCAAGCCAGGCAGUAUGAGGUGAAGUUGGCGGAUUGUGAGGCCGAGUUGAAAGAUGUCAGUAAGAACUACGAGGCCACUUUAGAGCUAUUGGGAGAAAAGUCUGAAAGUUGCUCGGAGUUGCAGGCAGACGUGGCCGAUUUGAAGGAUCUCUUGCAUCAACAGGUGCAGCAGAUGGUUGAGAUGCAGAAGAGUAUCGAUCGAUUGAACUCUACUUGA